UGGGAGGGAAUGAGGGGGCUGUCAAAUGCCAAGGAUGUCCUCCGUGGUAAGGUUGCCUUCGCAUCAUGAUACAUCGCUAGGGUCGCAACCAGAAAUGCCUCCGCACGCACGAAGUUGCCGUUAAGAUGCUCAAAUUUAACUUGCACUUAUGAUGUCGUCGGUCAAGGUGGUGGAACUUGCUCGCUCAGAUAUUCUACUCUGCACUGACUUCAGAUACUGCGAGUUAUACUAAAAUUUUACCUUAUGACGCGCCAUGGAUAAACUUGGAUAACUUUUUUAAAUCAAGACUUCCCUGGCGUCUUGCCACACUCCGUGGCUAUUCUUCAUCUUUCUAAGCUGCGUUAAAAGUUUUUUUUAUCUGUGGAGUACAUAUAGUCUGUUUUUAGAGUGCAGUUGCGAUGGCAGUUGCUGUGUACCUGCUGCUGGCUAUCGCUUUUCCUGGAUGUACGUCUGCGGCAGGAUCUUACGGCCCCAGAUACGGUCAGCUGGCGGACCAUGGCCAGCUCAGGUCUGUGGCUCAGAAUGGGCUACGAGCAGCCAGCAGACACAGGAACUGGUGCGCCUACGUUGUGACAAAGACCAUUAGCUGCGUAAUGGAAGAUGGUGUGGAGACCUAUGUGAAGCCGGACUACCAGCGUUGUGCCUAUGGCCAGUGUUCCCGCGUGGUUGCGUACCGGACAUACAGGAGGCCAAAAUACAAAGUGGCCUACAGGAUGGUGACAGAAAUGGAGUGGAAGUGUUGUCAUGGAUACUCUGGUGAUGACUGCAGCGAUGGUCCCAGUGGUGGAACGGACCUCCAGACUGGGGGAGGGGGGACGUACCCCUCUCAGACAGGCUAUGGCGCAGAAGGUGGACAGACAGGGGGAGAAGGGAGAGGAGACAGUGACAAAGUAAGACAGCUCGAGGAGAAGAUUGAGAGUCUGACGAAGGACCUAUACAACGUGCAGUCCACUCUGCAAGGCAUGAAUGAACGCCUGCAUGAGGAGUCCCGUCGGGGGGGCCAGAGUGGGGGCAGGAACCCAGCGGACGCGGCCCAGCCUCUCAUCAAAGAGACCAUCCACAGCAUCCAGGCCAAACUAGACCACCUGGACAACAUGACCCGUGUUCAUGACCGCACCCUCACAGACAUCAACAACCACCUCGUCAAUGGCAACGGAGGUGGCAAUGAGCUCGACACUGGCAGCGGACGUUACAGAACUCUGAAAGAGGAGAUCCUACAGGAGUUAGAGAACCGUGUGGCGCUUUCGUGUUCUGCAUGCCAUGGAGGUGUGGAUGACCUAAGGCGGCAGCAGCAGGAGGACCAGGAGCGGAUCCGGGCACUGGAGAAGCUCCUGAGCUCCACGAACCAGCACCACCAGCAGUCGAUUGAAGUGAUCCGACAGGAGGUCACACGCUCUCAGGGGUGCUGCGACUCUCUGGCUGACCUGGAGCGACGAGUGGAUGCGGUGGAGAGGAAGGUGAGCUCCACGUCAGAAACGUAUGACAUCCUCCGCACCCGGAUCGACAAAGAGCUGAAAGGGACGAAUGGGAAUGGUGGGAGGUCAAAGGUCACGGAGGACAGGCUGAACACUCGGCUGCGGGACCUGGAGAGGCGGGUUAAUGGAACGGUGAAAAAGGCAGAGCAGAAGUGCUCCCAAACGGAGAACAACCUGAGAAACUCCCUUCAGAAGGAACUCGGGAACACCAGGAACAUCUACAACAGCCGUCUGGAUGAGCAUCACUCCAGGAUCGGAAGGGUGGAGGCAGACGUGCGGGUUUUGCAGGACACUGUUCAUGACCACAGUGGACGCCUUAACCGCCUGGAUAACGUAACAUCCGUCAUCAACAGCAAACUAACGUCGGCGAUCAGUUUGUGCACACAGUCAUGUGGGCCUCAGGGUAGAGGUCGCCAGACAGAAGAUACUGUAAAGACCCUGGAAUGGAAGGUCAUCUCCAAUGAGAAGGACAUCAAGAAAUUCGACACUCGACUCAAGGAUCUCUCCACAUCUGGGGACUCACUCAUGGACCGUGUUCGGGACCUCGGCCGUGAUGUGCAUCGAAUCAGAACCCUGACUGGGGAUAAUGGCGAACACUUCAACCGGAUUGUGAGUGAGAUGGAGGAGAUGGGGCGCAGUGUCGAGGACUGCAGUGUUUGCAGUUCAGUUGAGAGAGACCUGCAAGCCUUCAAGAACGCCACAAACAACGCCCUGGGUAGGUGGCUGAGUGAAAUCACCCACCUGAGGAACAGAGUGGACAAUGAAGAGAGCACCUGCUCCCAGGUGUGCUCCAACCUGCAAGAGGAAGUGGGCAAGUUGAAAGAGGAUGUGGAGAAGUGCCGUGGACAGUGUCGAAUGGCCAUCACUGACCUCAAUGCCCGUAAGACGGACAUGGAUGGGCAUGACGUCAUCACUGGAAAUCUAGACAAGGACCUGAGGUCCAUUCAAGGAGAAAUUUCCGGGUUCAUCCACAGUUUCAGUUCCAUCAAUGACACACUGAAAGGGCUUGGCCGCACCGUCCACAAGCACGACGGUACCAUCAGUGACCUGGGAAACACAAAGGACAAGAUCAUCUCAGAGAUUGACAGGUUGCAGGAAGACCUGGACGAGCACAUUGAGGACAGCAAGUUGCGCUUCCACAACCUAGGCGGUGAGAUCAAACGUUUCGGUAGCAAUCUGGUUGUCGAAAUGGAAGACUGCCGGCGCUCCGAGGAAGGACUGGACAAGAGGGUCACCAAAAUGGAGGACAUGUGCGGACGAUUGGACGUGGUUUCGGACAGCCUGCAGAAGAUCAAGGACGGGCUGAACAGACACGUCUCGGGGCUGUGGGAGUGUGUCAAUGGGCUCAAUGCCACUGUGCUUUCCCACAGCGAGGCCAUAGAAAGCCACAGCAUAGGCCUGGAAAACAUCCAUGACCAGUUUCAAGGCCUCAACUUCACCGUGUACCGCGUCAUUGGCGACUUCCAGGCCUUCGCCGAUCAGGACUUUGUUGGACCUCCUGGACCUCCAGGAAAACAGGGAGAGAGAGGGUACCAGGGGCUCCCUGGUCUAAGGGGACUACCAGGACGUGAGGGACCCCAGGGAAAAAUAGGCCUACAAGGGCCAAUGGGACCACCAGGUCCACCUGGAGAAGACGCGCAUGUACCCAGACUGUCUUUCUCCGCUGCCCUGACGCGACCUCAAAAUACGGCCGGCACCAAUUUUGAUAGGAUCCUGGUCAAUGAGGGAAAGGCAUAUAAUUCAAGAAAUGGUGAGUUCACAGCACCUGUGAAUGGCAGGUACUUCUUUAGUGCCAUCCUGACGGGUCACAAGAAUGUGAAGAUCGAGGCGGUGCUCUCCAAGUCCAACUUAGGCAUCGCCCGCGGCGACUCGGCAGGCUACCAGACGGAGGGCCUGGAGAAGCCGAUGGCCGAGACGCGUCUCAUCCCGGGAUCACUGGUGGUCUUCAACAUCAUCUUGCCCCUGCAGGCAGGUGACACCGUCUGCAUUGACCUUGUCACUGGCAAACUGGCCCACUCUGUGGAGCCUCUCACCAUCUUCAGUGGGGUUCUUCUGUACGAGGAGAAGGACGUCUGAUGACGAGACACAGACAUGAACAAACGAUCCCCAGAAAAGAAAAAGAAAAAGAAAACAUUAAACUUCAGAGGUGGUGUUGAAUAUGGGAGCACCAUCUUAGUUGGCAAGGAUACCAAGAGUUGACAUAAAAUGAAUCCGGGCACGGUGCAGUGGGAAGAGGGAAGGUAUUUUCACUGCUACGGUCCUCUAAUAGAAGACAGGUUCAUACUUUUUUGUAAAAAAAGGAAUGAAAAAAGUUUAUUUUCUGAAGUCGGUGUGAUGAUUUAAGACACAUUUCAAAGAAUGUAUGUACUGUAGCCAUGUAUGGUUCAAGGAGGGAUUGAGGUUUUCCUUCAUUUUUUUAAAUAAACGAUACUGCCGUCCUUUGGAGAAAUGCUGUGCAGCAAAAUACCACUUGUCCACUUUGUCCUCCUCACUGACUGGGCAUUCAUCAAACACUGAUGACCAUGGGGCUGAGCGUCGAAAUCUGGCCUUGAGGUCUCGCCAACACCCCUCCCCAGCGGUCCUUGCUGCAGAAUGAGUUGUCUUUGAAGCUGGUAAAUGUCAAAGUUCAAAACAAAUCUGGGGGAAGAGUCUUCUUCUUUUUUUUUUUUUUUUUUUUAAAGGACAGAAAACAAGAUUUGUUCAAAGAACAUUGCUUACUGGGCUACUUUUGAAACAAGCGGUAAAAAAAAUCAGUGGUUGGUAGCUUUCUAGGCCUUUGUUGUCAUGACACCUUUACUACUUCCUCUUUUCCAUUUUAGCCUUGUUUAUUUUGUCCUCCUCCCAUCCAUAUUUGGCCUGCGCUAGGCUGCAGAGUUGACAUCUGUGGAGUGAAAAUGACAAGCAGGAACAAAAUAACAGACACUCUGAGGGUUUUUUUCUGUGCCAUAGAAGACACAGCUGAGCGCACAGACCCAGACAGUUUUUGAAGCAUUCCACCAUCGACCAAACUGCCAAAGGCUACAAGAGAGGAGCUUGUUAUAAAGCCAGCUGGGGGAGUCCUUUUAAGGAUCAACUGUAAGAGUGUUGUUAUGUAACUGUUACCGAGUUCUCCCCUGACAAUUGCAUUUCAUGUGGCCCCCAUUAAAUAAGUCUCAGAUUUAGCUAAAUAUAAUGGCUUCUGCCUUUUGCCAACAAAAAAGCCUACCUCUGAGAAAGACAAUGCCUAGUGGUCUCUGCCUGGCAUUUGCGGAAGACAGCUAACAAUGUGUUUUAAGGAUGCUGGUGUGAGAGAGGAACAAAGUCAUUUAACCACAUUAUUCCAGUGUAACACACAUAUGUUUGAAGUGGUCUUAUGAAAAAGACUUUUAAAGCCAUUUUUACAACUUUUUAAUAUUGCCUUAAUGUCAUAUUUUCAUUUAUUUUGGACGUUUAAACCUCAACACUUCAGUGCAAACGAACAAUGCAACUUUUUAUGUAUUUUUUAUAAUUGUUGUUGAGACACGCAAUCCAAAUAGUCUGUAAAUGUUUUGUAUAUUUUCUUCCAGCAUUUUCUAUAACACACCAACACCGAGAAUAUCAUGCUACAAAGAAUGUGUAUGUUUGCUAUGAGAGUGGUUCAAAUAAAGAUAUUUAAUUUUA